AUGACUGUGGGUAAAGAUGUAUCUUCAUUAUUCGCAGAAGUUUUGAACUGCAUGCAAACGGAUAAUAUUGGAUUGAAAAAACUCGUUUAUCUCUAUCUUAUCAACUAUGCAAAAUCUCAACCAGAUCUUGUUAUUUUAGCCGUGAACACGUUCGUUAAAGACUCACAGGAUCCAAAUCCGCUCAUAAGAGCACUUGCUGUUCGAACAAUGGGAUGUAUUCGUGUCAAUAAAAUCACUGAGUAUCUUUGUGAUCCACUUCACGAAACUUUACAGGUAAAUAACCAAUAUCCACUUCAAAGUCCUUUCAACUUUGUAUUAUCUGUCUUAGAUGUGUACAAAAGGGGAUUCCUUACCCAGUUACAACUGUUACUUGCGGAUCCAAACCCCAUGGUAGUGGCAAAUUGUGUUGCAGCUUUGAGCGAAAUUAAUGAGAAAAACUGUGAUGUCGUUCUAGACAUGAGUUUUGAUGAUGUAUUCAAGCUACUUAAUGCUCUCAAUGCGUGCACUGAGUGGGGGCAAAUAUUUAUAUUAAAUGCGUUAGCAUCAUAUCAUACAGAUAAUGAGGAGCAAAUACUUCAAAUUUUGCAUCGUAUCACUCCACGUUUACAGCAUGCGAAUCAUGCAGUUGUGCUAUCUGCCAUUCAAGUUUUAUUGAACCAUUCAGAGGGGUUGAGACGGAGUGAGCUUCAAGCUGAAUGCAUUCAAAAAAUUAUCCCGCCACUUAUUACACUCCUCAACUCCGAGCAAGAAAUACAAUAUAUAGCUUUACGAAACAUAAGGCUCGUCAUACAGCGUUACCCUGACAUUUUACGGCGGAAUGUUCAGGUGUUCUUCUGUAAGUACUUGGAUCCAGUUUAUUUAAAACAGGAAAAACUGGACGUUAUAGUCAGCUUAGCGUGUGAAGAAAAUAUUGUACAAAUAUUGAAUGAACUUCGGGAAUAUGCUACAGAAAUAGAUAUUGAGUUUGUCAGGCACUCCAUUAGAGCGAUAGGGCAAUGUGCUAUUUCCUUUGAAAAAACUGCUGCUCAGUGCGUCGACAAACUACUGGAGCUUGUAAAUACGCGAGUGAACUAUAUCGUGCAGGAAGUCGUUAUAGUCAUGAAAGAUGUAUUUAGGAAAUAUCCUAAUGAGUAUGAAGGAAUAAUCAACACUUUAUGCGAUUGUCUUGAGAAUUUGGAUGAACCAGUCGCGAAGUCUGCAAUGGUGUGGAUUAUUGGCGAAUAUGCGGAGCGAAUUGAGAGUUCUCAGGAACUUAUUUCGAGUUUUGUCGACUCUUUUAUCGAAGAGUCUUCAAUAGUACAGUUGCAGUUACUCACUUCCGUGGUCAAAAUUUUCUUAAAGUGUCCAGAUCCGGUGUCGCAUGCAAACAUGGAGCGUUUGCUUUCAGUCGCAUCAUUUGAAACGGACAACCCAGACAUACGCGAUCGAGCUUUGGUAUACUGGCGAGUAUUAAGUUCUCAGUCAAACUGCGCCCAUGAUGUGAUUCUCAAUCCGAAACCGAUCGUAGAAUGUCAACCUAAAGUACAUGGUACGUGA